AGUGAUGGAAUGGAAUAGCGCGAAAUGGAUUUUUCAACCGGGUUUAGAUCAAUUACCUUUCACCUUCUCGUCUAGACCAGCCAAAGCCAUAGCCGAAACUCACGGUCACGGUGCGUCCAUGGAUUUCGGACCUUGCAACGAGACGCUCGACACCGAACUGCUACACGUGCUGACCUCCGGCGACGAGGUCCGCAUGGCGGACCUGCUGGGCAGAGAACGCCGUGGCCAUGGCCACUCCCUGUCCCAGGUGGCGAUACGCGUCGACGACGACGACGACGGCCGCGCGCCGGCGGGAGCGAGCCGCCUCCUUGGCGUGACGACGGGCAACGGCAACACGGCGCUGCACGUGGCCGCCACCCGCGGGCACGCCGCGCUCGCGGCGCUGGUCUGCGCGACGGCGCCCGCGCUGGCCGCCACGCGCAACAGGUUCCUCGACACGCCUCUGCACUGCGCGGCCAAGUCCGGGCACCGCGACGUGGCGGCCUGCCUCCUGUCAGAGAUGCUGCGAGCCGGCGGCGCGGCGUCAGCGGCGCUGCCGCUGCGGCGGGCGACGAACUGCCUGGGCGCCACCGCCUUGCACGAGGCCGUGCGGAACGGCCACGCCGGGGUGGUGGCUCUCCUCAUGGCGGAGGCUCCCGAGCUGGCCUCCGUGGCCAACGACGGUGGCGUCUCGCCGCUGUACCUGGCGGCGACGGUUGGCUCCGUGGACAUUGUCCGGGCGCUGCUCCACCCGUUGCCUGAUGGAACGCCCUCGCCGGCCUCGGCCGCUGGUCCGGACGGACGGACAGCUUUGCAUUCUGCGGCAACUACUAGCAAAGAAAUCGCGCGAGAAAUACUGGACUGGAAGCCAGAGGGUCGAACACUGCUAACCAAAGCUGAUUCGUCGGGCAGAACACCUCUCCACUUUGCUAUAUCAUCACAAAUUGAGCGGUUUGACGUGUUUCAGCUGUUCCUAGAUGCAGAGCCCUCCCUAGCUCUGGUUUGUGAUAUCCAAGGAUCAUUUCCUUUGCAUGUUGCUGCUGUGAUGGGCAGUGUUAGGAUCGUCGUUGAGCUCAUACAGAAAUGCCCCAACAACUACAACGAUUUGGUCGAUGAUCGAGGAAGAAAUUUUCUGCAUUGUGCUGUUGAACAUAACAAGGAAAGCAUAGUUCGCUACAUUUGCCGAGAUGACAGGUUUGGUAUCCUGAUGAAUGCAAUGGACAAUGAAGGAAAUACUCCCCUCCAUUUGGCCGCCGAGUAUGGGCACCCAAGGAUGGUCAGUUUACUCUUGGAGACGAUGAGCGUCGAUGUAGCCAUUACCAACAGGGAUGGUCUAACUGCUGCUGACCUUGCUUAUCGCCAUCUGCAACCUGGUUUGCACUAUUUUCUGAAUCCUCGAGCCGUGGUAAAGAAUCUCUUCUACUGCACCAGAGCACCGGUUACCCUAGAAGGGGAUCAUGCUAGGACUGGCAUCCCAUCGGCCAUGGAGGAUGCCGAUGCUCCCAAGGACAGUGGUGGCGUGACAUCCACCGGAACAGUCGCGUCCGUGCUGAUCGCCACGGUGACGUUCGCGGCGGCUCUCACCGUUCCGGGGGGCUACGUCGCCGACGACCACCCGAACGCCGGGACGGCGGCGUCGGCCGGGCGGUUCGCCUUCAGGGCGUUCGCGGUGUCGGACACCAUGGCGUUCCUCUGCUCCAUCGUGGGCACCUGCCUCCUCGUCGUCGGCGAGGCGAGGGAGGUCCGGCCGAGCAGGGGCCGUCUCCGCGCCUACCAGGGGUCGGCGUGGGCGCUCGUGACGGCCGGGGCGCAGUUCAUGGUCGCCGCGUUCGCGUUCGGGCUCCAGGUCGCGCUCGGCGGCGGCGCGGACAGCCGGUGGCUGGUGGUGUUCGUCCACGCGCUGUGCUCGGCAUCGGUGCUGCUCUGCUUCCCGGGCAUCUGGGCGCCGUUCUGCCUCGGGAAGGUGAUCUGGAGGCGCGCCGGAUGGCGAGGGCUCACGAAUCUUCACCGGUGUCCGUCCAGUUUGGAAGAGUUCUUGUGGUGUUUCGUGACAAGCUUCUUGGCCAAAACUCUCUUGCGGACAUUCCUCCCGGUGCUUAUCGCGGUCACCUUGGUCGUCGCCAUCGUGCUAAAUAUUGCAAAGCCCAACUGCUGAGUCGGCAAGAAUUUGAGGAUCGGAAGUCGUUAGUACUAGUUGGAGUAUAUUAUUAUAGCGUAUGUGUUGAAUGAGUUUUGACGUAUUUGCCUGCCAUUCUAUCAAGCUUUCGAUGCAUUUUGUGUUGCUA